UAUAAGAAGAGGGGGUAGGCUUGGCAGAUACGUUUUAACCAUUUCUUUGUAGCUUGGUGGAGAGAAGAAGAGGGAAGGAAAAAAGCCCUUGCAUUUCUCAUGAACUGUGGAGUCGUGUUGGGUUUCUAUUGUUGGGGUUGGGAGUUCUUAACCGCCCUUCUUCUCUUCUCCUCCCCUUCUCGUCCUUAAUCUUCUUCCUAAUUCUUCUUCUUAAUCCUUCUUCUAUCUUCUUCUUGUUCUUCCUCUUGUUCUUCUUCUUGUUCUAGCUCUCUCUCUCUCUCUCUUAGAAGUAGAUUUGAGUACCAAGAUUAGGUAUUAAUUAAUGGAGGGUGUGUGUGACCAGAAGGGUUUGCUGGAAUAUGUGAGGAAGUCAAGCCCUCCACCUUUCUUGUUGAAGACCUACAUGCUGGUGGAGGAUCCCACCACCGACGACGUGAUCUCGUGGAACGAUGACGGGUCGGCGUUCGUGGUGUGGCAGCCGGCGGAGUUUGCCAGGGAUCUCCUCCCAACACUCUUCAAGCACAGUAACUUCUCUAGCUUUGUCAGGCAGCUAAAUACUUAUGGAUUCCGCAAAGUUUCAACAAGCAGGUGGGAGUUCUGCAACGACAAGUUCCGAAAGGGUGAAAAGGAUCAGCUAUGUGACAUCCGCAGAAGAAAAGCAUGGGCCAGCAAGCAACAGCCAAUCAACAACAUUGCCCUAAACCAAGCUGCACAAGCAAUGCAAAAUCAAGACGAGUUUGAUGAAGACCAGAGAUCAAACUCCUCAACCUCCUCCUCAUCCGAUUACAGCUCUCUCGUGGACGAAAACAAACGGCUGAAGCAGGAGAAUGGGGUUUUAAGCUCAGAGCUCACCAGCAUGAAGAGGAAAUGCAAGGAGCUUCUUGACUUGGUGGCCAAGUAUGGAGACUCAGCUGAGAAAGAAGAGCAGGAGAAUAGUGAGAGGGUGCCCAAGUUGUUUGGGGUGAGAUUGGAAGUGGAGGGAGAGACGGAGAGGAAGAGGAAGAGAGCUGAAAUUAGUGAGAGCGCAAGCAUUUUACUAUCUCAAGCAUGCAAAUAAAUAAUCUCUACAAAUAUACAUACUUCAACAAGUGGUAUUUAUAUGAGCUACUUAAAAUCAAGUGGCUUAGCUAGAGGAAUAUUAAGAUGUACUUUAUUUAUAUAUAUAUAUAUAUGUUUAUUAUGCAUGUAAAUUAUUAUAUAUGAUGCAUUUGUCAGAAACAAAAGUGAUGAUAUAACGAGUUUCUUCGAUGGGAUUGAUAUAACAAGUUUCACCGAGCCGUCCAAAUAUGGCUCAAAUAAAUAUCUUGUAUUUUACUAAGGAGUUCAUAAGA